UGAGUAUAUCAACUGAUUGGAAUCAGAUACUCCGACACGAACUUCUAAGCGGAAGAACAUCUACUCUCCUAUUCGAACACUCGCCUUAUUACCAUCUUCUCCACCUACUAUCAAAAUGCCCCUCAUUGCAUUCCCCGCUCCCUUCCCGUCGAGCGCUCCGUCGCCGGAGUCGCAGAAGAGAAAGAACGAAGAACAAUCGCAAAGUGAAGAGCCCAAGCGGCAGAAGAUUAUGGGCGGGUUCUUGGAUGAAGCGGAUGAUGAUGAUGACUGGGAUGCUUUCAACGAUGCGCAACUAAGGAGCGAGUUUCAGGUGCAGGAGGACAUUAUUCAACAGCCGCCUGUUGAACUACCUGAAAUCCCGAGGCCAUCUCAACUGCCAACGGAAUCGACUCCGAAGCCAGCAUCUACUGCGCCAGACCUUGAUCCCACUCCCGUUCCGGAACCGAGCACAAUCACGUCGCUUCCCUCGAGAAGGCCAUACCGAUCAAUACAGAUAAAAACCUGCUCGGGCAAGACACAUCACGUUUCAUUGAAGAGACCCGCACCCCGUGUCAGCUACGAAAGACUUGUUGCUGGUCGCUCCGUUACAGCGCCCGGAAGGGCUCAAAAGAGCUACUACGGUAUCGAUAUCCACAAGCUUCUCGAUGAAGCAGCGAAUGAGCCGGAGGCUCCCCCGGCCGAGACACGACCUGCCCCAGUGGUACAGCCGUCUAUUGAAGCCCCGAUCCACGACCAGAAGAGCGCAAAGCUAGCUGCAGCCAUGUGGACUGAGAAGUACCGCGCACGAAAGUUCACGGAAUUGAUAGGAGACGAACGCACACAUAGAUCUGUUCUGCGGUGGCUGAAAGCUUGGGAACCUAUCGUCUUUCCCAAUAUCGCUAGGGCAAAGGCAAAGAAGCCGUUCAACGGCAAAGAGGAAGAAGAACGGACGCAUCGAAAGGUCUUGCUACUAUGUGGCCCGCCAGGUCUAGGAAAGACUACGCUAGCACAUGUAUGUGCUCGUCAGGCUGGCUACGAAGUGCUAGAAAUCAAUGCAAGUGAUGAUCGAAGCAAGGAUGUGGUAAAAGGCAGGAUUCGCGAUUCCCUGGGCACAGAGAACGUCAAGGGCAUGAAUGUGGAAGUUGGUGAGGAAAAGGUACGCAAGGCAGGGCGGCCUGUUUGUGUCGUCGUCGACGAAGUAGACGGCGUCGUCAGCGGAUCUGGAGGCGGUGGUGAGGGUGGUUUCAUGAAAGCCUUGAUCGAUCUCGUCCUGCUGGACCAGAAGAAUUCGUCAGGCGCCACUGAGCAGACCAAAGGCAGGAAAAAGAAGGGCGACAACUUCCGAUUCUUACGGCCGCUGAUCAUGGUCUGCAACGAUGUCUACCAUCCUAGUCUACGACCACUACGUGCGGCCUCGGUUGCGGAGAUCAUCCAUGUCCGCCAAGCGCCGUUGGAGAAUGUCGUCACGCGCAUGAAGCGGAUUUUCACCGUCGAAGGCAUUCCAUCCGACAAUGAUGGCGUCCGACGGCUCUGUGAAGCCUCCUGGGGCCUUGCUCGGCGCAAACAAGGAGGCGUCAAGAGCAGCGGAACAGCAGAGGGCGACAUCCGCAGUGUGCUCGUUGCAGCAGAAUGGGUGGCGCAUAAGCUAAGAAACGAAUGUCCAUCUACUCUACGACUGACACGAAGCUGGCUGGAGCAAAAGGUUCUCAGCGCCAACAGUAGCGGCAGUGCCUUCUUCAAAGGCCUAAACCGCGGUGGUGUGCGCGAUCUCAUCGAGCGAGUCUUCACCGAAGGCGCCGGCUUCACAGAUGCACCUGUUGGCGUCGACUCCUUCCGCGAUCCCUUCUCCAAUUCCGAAGACAAAGUACCAGUAGGUGUCGCUGACCUUCGGAAACGUCAUGCCAUCGAACGACUACGUGAAAUGGUCGAUGCUAGCGGCGAGCACGACCGCGCCGUGGCAGAGUGCUUUGCAUCAUACCCGCUGCAAAGCUACCAAGACGACACCUUUCUCUCCAAACCCAACGCAGCCUACGACUGGCUACAUUUCCACGACACCAUGUCCUCCAAGGUCUACACCGCACAAGACUGGGAGCUGAGUGCCUACCUCAGCCAAUCUGUCGUAGCAUUCCACCACCUUUUCGCUACGGCUCAAGGCAAAGCCAAACCCCGGGAAGUCGACGACGAAGAAGAGGAACACCCAUUUUCAGGUCCCCGAGCAGACUUUGCCGCCUACGAAGCGCAGAAACAGAACCGAGCCAUCCUCACAGAAUUCCAAUCCGCAUUCUCAGCCCCCUUAUCCCGCCUCUUCCGAUCCACCGACUCCCUCGUUAUCGACCUCAUCCCGAACCUCGUCCGAAUGCUCUCCCCGGACGUGAAACCAGUCGUGGUCCGCGGCAGCGGCGAGCAGCGCAGCGUAGCCAGCGUGCGCAAAGAGAGCGAGCGCACGCUCAUCCAAGCCGCCGUCCGCGUGAUGGCCGGUCUAGGCGUACGAUUCGAGAAAGUGCGCAUCGAGAACGCCGGAGCCCACGGAGGAUGGGCCUACCGGAUGGAACCGCCCCUCGACACCCUCAUCACAUUCUCCAAAACCAAAUCCACCCCCACCGCCAGCGGCUCCGCCCCCGUCCGCUACGCGGUCCGCCAAGUCCUAGACCAAGAAUACCGCAAAGAAAACAUCCGCAAGCAAUCGGAAACACUAACGACAUCCAAUAUCGGCAAAAAGUCCUCCGGCAAGACCGCCGAUGGACAAUCCAAGGAUGAUGGCGAUGCGAAGAAGACCGCACACGGGCCGAACGUGAAACGCGACUUCUUCGGCAGAGUCAUCAAGGAGCCCACACCACCGCCGUCAGAUGAGUCGCCCGAGACGGCGAAGCAGAACGAGACGUUGAAGGCGGGCAGACGCGUCUGGGUGACGUACCAUGAUGGGUUUUCGAAUGCAGUCAGAAAACCGAUUUCGAUGGGCGAGUUGUUGGCGGAGUUGUAGGGUGCAUUGUGCGCAGAGUGGGUGGGUGGGUAAUGAUUACGAUUUGGC